CCCUCCCAAUCAUGUGAUUCAGGUGCUCCAAUCCCCUCCAUAUCAUGUGAUUCAGGUGUUCCAAUCCCCUCCAUAUCAUGUGAUUCAGGUGUUCCAAUCCCCUCCAUAUCAUGUGAUUCAGAUGUUCCAAUCCCCUCCAUAUCAUGUGAUUCAGGUGCUCCAAUCCCCUCCAUAUCAUGUGAUUCAGGUGUUCCAAUCCCCUCCCAGUCAUGUGAUUCAGGUGUUCCAAUCCCCUCCAGUCAUGUGAUUCAGGUGUUCCAAUCCUCUCCCAGUCAUGUGAUUCAGGUGUUCCAAUCCCCUCCAUAUCAUGUGAUUCAGGUGUUCCAAUCCCCUCCAUAUGUGAUUCAGGUGCUCCAAUCCCCUCCAUAUCAUGUGAUUCAGGUGCUCCAAUCCCCUCCAUAUCAUGUGAUUCAGGUGUUCCAAUCCCCUCCAUAUCAUGUGAUUCAGGUGUUCCAAUCCCCCUCCAUAUCAUGUGAUUCAGGUGCUCCAAUCCCCUCCAUAUCAUGUGAUUCAGGUGCUCCAAUCCCCUCCAUAUCA